AUGUCACUUUCCCUAGCAUGGCAGGGAAAGUAUUCCACCAUCUGGCCGGUAGCCUUCCUCUCCAGCUUCUUCACGUUCGGUGCUGCCAACUCACUGAGUGCUCAGGACCACCUGUCGGACAGCUGGAGGCUGGCUGAGUCCACCUGCACCCUUUCCCAUGAUACCCACACACCUGUCAACAUCCAGGUGCUGAAAAACCGGGGAAUCUUUGGCCUCAAUGAAGCCCAGCUGCGGAUCCUGCUUCUGCAGAAUGACCCGUGCCUUUUACCAGAGGUUUGUUUGCUCUAUAACAGAGGUGAAGCCCUCUACGGCUACUGCAACCUCAAGGAUAAAUGCAACAAGUUUCACGUGUGCAAGUCCUUUGUCAAAGGAGAGUGUAAACUUCAGACCUGCAAAAAGUCCCAUCAGCUCAUUCAGGCUACUGCCUUGACGUUGCUGCAGGACCAAGAACUGAACAUCCCAAGUCUCGUUAAUUUUCAGAUCAUCUCUACCUACAAGCAUAUGAAGCUGCACAAGAUGCUUGAAAAUAAAGAUGAUUCUGCUGCCUCCACUGAGCGUUCACAGGGCCUUGAGAAACAAGGAGUCAAGGUAGCUGGGGCUGCAGAGGCCAGUUCUCUGGUUUCCGUCCCUGCUCAGUCUGCCAAGAAGCCCUGCUCAGGUAAACCUUAAAGAGUGUCAGUGAAAUAAGAAGAACCUUGUUCAGCUUGGAAGAUCUGAGAACACAGCUUCUGUCGUGCUUUGGUUUGUAACCCUUCAGUCACUUAGGAAUUGUGGCCACAAUACCUACCUCACAGUGUGUUGUGAGAAGGAAAGAAGGUGGAAAAAGAAGAAAAUGUCAAUUCAGGAGGAUAAAAUUGGGAACAGGUGCUUGGGACGAGGUUGGAUGUUGAGCAAGCAAAGAGAAGGAAAACGUGAAUGGAGCUGGGGCCUGCCUGGGGCAAAUCGUGCCUGUAAUUCCUGAUCUCUCUCAGGCCAGGUGGAUGGAGCUCUGCAGGGCGGCUUUUUGCUGGCUUCUGUGGUCCGGCCAGUGUAUUUCUGUAUGCCCAUAAACACAGUUUAUAUUGUGGUAUCAUAGAGCAUUACAGUUCGUAUAUGACAUUUUUAAAAUUAACCUAAUGUUGUCUUUGUUCACAUUUAUCAUAUGUGAUCAUUUUCCCCCCACAGGAUUAUUAGUAUAUAUCAUAGUUUACUUAACCAGCUCCCCCUUAUAAGGGGGUAUUUUAGUUCUUUCUAACUUAGAAUAUAGCUGUUCUCAUAAAAUCUACACAAUUAUGACAUUUGAAAGCUAUUCUUCUUAGCUCAUGGGUGCUAAAUGAUACGACUUUUAUUUUGCAUUUAAAAAUAUGCAUGUGAAUGAAUAUUCUCUGUGUAUAUUCUAUAUGGCUUCAUUUUGUCAUGUUAUAUUAUACAUAGCCCUUCUCUGUGCUGAUGUGGGAUGGCCUUUCACGGGUUCCUUACUUUUCAUGAAAGAUUGUCAACCAUUCUGAGCCCAGGUCACAGCCAGCUUCGGUAGAUCCAUCCUCAGGCAGCACCAGAAUAUGCAACACUUGGAUUCUCCACCAGCAGUUUCUACCUCACUUUGUCUGCUUUUUAUUCCUUAGUGAACUUCUACUGAAGCCCAGGCUGUAGUUUGAAGGGUGGGUAGUUCCUCCGUUCCUCUAGGUUACGUCUGUUCUUUCCAUGGUCAGGAGGCCAUCAGAACUGGUAUACCUCACUCAUUUCAUGAAGUUCCGCUUUUUCCCUUCUCCCUUCCUGUCCGCCCCCACCCACCUAGCUGUCAUCGAGUUGCAUUUAAAUGUUUUAUUCUUUGAUUUCAUCAAGAGGUGCCACAAAGAAACAACUUUAUGAAAUCCUUUGCUGUGUUCGAUGUAGGAAUAUUUCCAGAUUCUGUAAAGGGUUUUGGUUUGUUUCUUUAAAUGUAACUGCAACAACAUAAUAUUUGAGAAACAGGGAGAAUGCAGUGAACAUUCAUAAGGCUAAAAUUAUUUAAAGAAAUGUUUAAUCAUCAAAUGUUAUCAUCAAAUGUUAUCUUUUCUAUUGGGAACGAAUGCAAAAAAAGUCUUUUUAAAAAUGAGAAAUUACUGUAUUUUCUCCAAAUGGACACUAAGAAUCAUGCAAUUCAUGUUCAUCUUUUUACUUUGGUCAUCAACUGCAAUAUUUCUGAAAGCCUUUCUGCUAUUUUGCUUUCUUUUUUCUAGUUCCAAUUUCUCCUGGUGCUAAUUUUUUAAAAAAAUAUAUUUUUACACUUUAUUAUUAUUUAUGCAUCUUACUCUGUGUAUUUUUGUCGUAAGCUAUCUUAAAUCCUUAGUGGGAAUAGCAGCGGGUAUAAAUGCGUAUCCUUUACAUUGAUUGUCUUGGACUUUUGCAUUAUUGUGUUCUUUAUAUAUAUCUUAGUAUCAUGCUUUUAUGUAUGAAGUUAUUGGCUUUCUGUAAUCGUUAUUGCAAUAUUUUAUUUAAUUC